AUGUCCGACUGCACCGCCGUCCCAUCUCCGCCUCUGACGGAGAAAACCUUCCGCGCCUUCACCGAGGCGCAGGCUGCGUCCUACGCCCGAGGCCGGCCGGGCUACCACCGCUCUCUCUACGACCAGAUCUGCGACCAUCACACCUCGACGGGCGGGAAACUCGACACCCUCCUGGACGUCGGCUGCGGGCCCGGCACCGUCACCCGGGAGCUCGGUCCGCGAUUCUCACGGGCCAUCGGCCUGGACCCUGCCGAGGGCAUGAUCGCCGCCGCCCGGUCCCUGGGCGGGGUCUCGGCGACCUCGGAUCCCAUCCGCUUCGAGGUCUCCCCCGCCGAGGAGCUGGGGUCGGCACUUUCCCCCGCCAUCCCCGACGCCAGCGUGGACCUCAUCACGGCGGCCACGGCGGCGCACUGGUUCGACAUGCCCGCCUUCUGGGCCGCCGCCGCCCGCGUGCUGAAGCCGGGCGGGUCCGUCGCCAUCUGGACGGGGACCGCCAAGUACGUGCACCCCGCGACACCGAACCUCCAGCGCCUGCAGGAGACGCUGCUCGCCUUCCGCCACGAGCACCUGCUGCCGUACCUGGCCCCCGGGAACCACAUGGUCGACGCCAUGUACGCGACGCUGCCGCUGCCGUGGACGCUGGAGCAGCCGGUGACUGAGUUCGACGAGAGCGCCUUCUUCCGGAGGGAUUGGAACAAGGACGGCGUGCUGACGCCCGGGGACGAGCAUUUCCUGGCGCAGCAGGUGUUUGGCAUGGACGACAUCGAGAAGUUCCUGGAGACGGUGAGCCCCGUCAUGCGGUGGCGCGAGGCGCACCCCGAAGCCAUCGGGACAGAGCGGGACGUGGUCAAGAUGCUGCGGGAGGCAAUCGAGACUCUGCUUUCCGAAGCAGGCGUGGAGAGGAGCAAGGCCGCCAUCAUCACUAGCGCCGCCGGGGUUCUUCUCAUGGUGAAAAAGAAGGUCUAG